CGCCAACAGAAACCUAAUGAAAAAGGACACGAAAAAAAGAAAAUGUAGUGUUUAAUGAUUUUGAAGGCUGAAUGCAGCGUUUGAUGUCUUGUAUUAGUGGUCCCAUAGCCGUUAGCUAUGUCUGAAAAAUCAGAGGUUGAUUUAACUGGAGCUAAAAAAAACACUGGUGUUUGGCUAGUAAAGGUUCCCAAGUACCUGGCGCAGCAGUGGUCUAAAGCAUCGGGAAAAGGAGAAGUUGGAAAGCUCAAAAUAGGAAAGAAACCAGGGAAGACAGAUGUGUCGUUCACCCUGAAUGAGGACCUCACCUGCCUUUCCGCCCUGGGGGAGAAGACAGAGUUGGUACAAGCCCCCCAGGAGCACUCCAUGCUCAUGCUUAGUGUUGGGGGGCAGACCCUGGCUGUGUUCACGGAGACCACUGCAGAUGAAAUCAGUCUGGAGGGAAUGGUGGUACAAAGAGCCGAAUGCAGACCCGCCGUCAACGAAAGCUAUGUUAAACUGAAGAAAUUACAGAUGGAGGUAUCCACCAAGCCCAAGCGUCUGACUGAGCAGAUAGCGAGGCCCGUCACCAACAACUUCAAACCUGUGUCAAACCAUGUCGCCAACGUGGAGUAUGAGAAGAAGAAGAGGACUGAAGGUAGGAUGGUGAGGGCAGACAGGCAGCAGGUGAUGGACAUGCUCUUCUCUGCCUUCGAGAAACACCAGUACUACAACAUCAAGCACCUGGUGGAAGUCACCAAGCAACCUGUGACUUACUUGAAGGAGAUCCUGCGGGAGAUAGGCUUGUACAACGCUAAAGGAACCCACAAGAGCACGUGGGAGCUGAAACCAGAGUACCGUCACUAUCAUGGAGAGGAGGCGAAUUAGACCGGGGCAGAGCACUCUGGCCAAGACACAGCCAAUGACCCAAAAGGCUUCCCAUCAUGAAGGUGGACCGUUGAAGCAUGGCUUUCUGUUGGUUGAUAGGUUUUUGUAUUUUUCUUUCAUCCCAAUAUCACAGAGGUGAUAUUGGGAAGGGCACUGAUCCUUUGGAUGUAUGACGCUCUUCACCUUAUCUAAUGAUCAUGUUAUUGCAUUAUCAUGAAUACAAAUUAACAGUGAACAGCU